UCGGAGUGCAUUUCCAGCCAAUUACAGCGGUAUCCGCGGGUCACAUGCCACAUGCCCGUGACGUCACUGUCCUGCGACUCUCCCUGUCGGAUCGCUCCAUGUGAACGGCUUUCAUUGAAGUUAUCGUCAGUUACAGGUUGGAUGCGGGAUGGUGCCACCAGCUGAAUCGUGAGCAACUCAUCUGUCCUGUCCUACUUGCGGCCUCCGUCUUGUUUCUCUAAGUCAACAUGGCCAGCCGUCUCCUGGGCAGAUACGCCCGUCUGCUCUGCAGGGCCUCCUCUCAGGCUCCGGCUGCUGUUGCUGCUGCCCGCCUGCCUCCGACCGUGGCUGGGCCUGCAGGGGUGCAGAGGCCUCAGGGAUGGCCGUGGAUCACCGAGAGGUUAAUGUGUGAGGGAGGGACAGUUGCCGUUGAGGAGAUGUAUUCCCCCACGCCUGCACGCACCCAGCUGGAUGAGUUGUUUGAAAAGGCAGUGGUGCCAGAGGACAUACUGCAGGCCUGGAUACAGCACAGAGGGAAUGGUAAUCAAGCAGCUGACGGGCUGGUUAAGUUGAUUUUGAUACUGAAGACGAAAGGCGAGUUUAAGGGGCAACAAUCUGAAGUGAUUAAGGAUUCAAGACUGAUGGAUAUGAAGGCUACGAUAUAUCGGGAGGUGACGUUGGUGUGGAACAGCAGUCUAGUGUCCGUCUUGCGAGCUCUCUCAUUUAUGGGCGUACCCCCCACCGACGCAGUACUCACCUCUGUCCAGAAUGAGGUCCUGUGGCGAGUCCGCAGGCUGACUUGCAAGCAGCUGGGCCAGCUGGUGGACUGGGGCGCAGGCAGUGAUAGACAACAGGAUGUGGUGAUCGUGAACGCAGCACUGAAACAGCUGGAGCUGCGCUGGACUGAAAUCGCUGACUCUAAAACUGUCAGUACGCUGAUAUCCAAAGGACAGUCCAUGUCGCCUACCUUGAGGAGCAGACUCGAAGACAAGGCUCUGGAGCUCGUGGAGGGGUUUACAGCAGAGGACAUCCGCAAGGUGUGUUCAUCUUUGGCAGCUCAGAGCCGCCGGUCCAUCCCGCUGCUCAGAGCUUUGUCCUACUACCUUCUCCAGAGGCCGUCAUCGGAGCUCAGCACCCCUCUGAUAAUGGACGUGGCUUUUGCAUACGGGAGGCUGAAUUUUUCCCACUCACAGGUAUUCCAGCGAAUGGCCUCAGAGCUGUUACCCAGAAUUCCUGAGCUCCACCCCGCCGACGUCACGCGCUUUGCCAAAUCCCUGGGCUUCCUCAAGUGGCUCCACAUGCCCCUGUUCCAGGCCUUUGCUGAACACUACACAGCUAACAGCCAGAACUACAGCGUUCCUCAGCUCUGCAAUCUGCUCAUGACUUUUGCCAGAGUGAACUUCCAGCCCAGCAAGAGAGACAGUUUCUUUGGCAAGGUGCUGGAGGAGUCUCUCUCAGGCCUGGAGCCCUUCUUGCAGAUGGACGUGGUUUGGUCUCUGUGUGUGCUGCAGCAGGCGAGGCCGCAAUACCUCAUCCCCAUCACUCAGCAGAGUCACAUUUCCAAGCUGUCGGGGGGCAAUCCUGUUCGAGCAGGGAGCUACCAGCUGAAGCUCCUCCACAUCGCUGCCACUCUCCAGCUGGAGCACCCUGGUUCCUCAGAAACCUCGUCCUCCCUGAAAGCACUGUCUGUCCCGGCAAGCAGCUCCCCGCUCACCCCCCUGCAGAGUGGUCUGAGAGAGGCUUUACAUAGUCUGGUGGGCGGGAGUAAAGAUGCCCUCCGCACUGGGGUUGACACUGUGUAUGGAUGGACUAUUGACGGUGAGCUGGUAGUGGACUGUGACAACAAACCGAUUGACAUCACAAGGAUGAAAUCCCCUCAUCUACCCAGCGGAGGAGGACUCAAAAAUUUACCUACAGGGGCACAUCGCCUUGCAUUCUUGGCUUUGGAAUUCCCAAACUUUGGCUCAAAGAGUAAAGACCUCCUGGGACGGUUUGUCAUGAUGAAGCGACAUCUCCAGUUGGCUGGCUUCCUCACAGUGGAGGUGCCUUAUUACGAGUGGCUGGAGCUGAAGACAGACUGGCAGAAAUUGGCAUACCUGAAGGAUAAAAUCGGAAAGGUCGUAGCUGAGGACAUGGCCAAGUGAAUCCAUCAGUCGCGAGCAAACUUGCAGACUCAGCUAAAUCAGGGCUAAACUCAAACCAAAUGGGACCACAGGGAAAACACAUGCACACCCACGUUCACACUCAGAGCAGAGUGGCGCUGCAGAAUAGCUCUCUCAUACUUUGUCAGGAAAAAAACAACAACAAAAAAAAAUCAUAUUUUCUCUCUGGUUCCCUCGGCAACGUGUGGGGCUUUCCCUGUUUCCAUGGUGAUGAAGAGUGAGAUUUUUGGAGCCAGAGAGCGACUGAAAUAAACAACAGUAAGUACAUCUGUAGAAAAUGAUGUGAUCAUCGACGAAGUCUUUAGAUCUGCUGGUGGCAUGUCAACACAAGACCACGUGGGCCAUUUGUAGAUGUUUGGCCAGAAUGUGCUUGUUAAUAGAUUGGUAUAUCUAAAUUAUCUCUGUGAAUGUGUGUCAUCUUGUGAUGAAAUAAACUGUUUUAUUGCCCUUG